CGCCACCAUUUUAAACAGGAACCAAGCUGGCAAACGUGUGUUAAUUUCUAGACGGAAUCAAAACACCUUUCUGAUUAAUUAACUGCGUUUUUAGGAUUUUAAACACUCGAUCAAUUUAUCAGAAGACAUGUCAAUUUCAAAAAGGCUAGCAUUCGCCAUUAUUGAGCACCUUUCGUCGGAGUUGAACUCUGGUGCCAUAAUUGGAGACUCAGCGGAGAGCUUAGAAGUUUCAAUCCAAUGUUUAGAAGCCGUUUAUGACAUAAACAGAAAUGAUACAUCACAAGCAGCAACAUUAAAGAGCGACAAACCUCUAGCAGAAAUAUUCCAAACUGCAACUCAGGGUGGAACAACAGCUGCUCAGCCCACAGCAGAGGACAGAGGAAAAGCAGAAGAUCUGAAAACUAAAGGAAAUCAAUUGAUGAAAGAAGAAAAGUACCAAGAGGCUAUCCAGUGUUACACCCAAGCUAUUGAAUUGGAUAGUUCUAAUGCUGUUUUUCCAUGUAACAGAGCUGCAGCGUACGGCAAGAUUGGUGAACACCAAAAAGCAAUAGAAGACUGUCAGAAUGCUCUAAGUUUGGACCCAAACUAUGGAAAGGCUUAUGGACGAAUGGGGUUAUCAUACCACAAUCUGAACAAUUUCCAGAAAGCAAAGGAAAGCUAUUCUAAGGCAUUAGAAUUAGAACCUGGCAGUACAUUUUACCAAACCAGUUUAGCACAGGUGGAGGAAAAAUUAAAAGAAUCUCAGGGAGAAAUUGGUAUUGCAAGACCUGCUCCUGGAGGUAUUCCUGGUUUAGGAGGAUUUGAUUUGGGUUCCCUGUUAACAAAUCCUGCUAUUAUGAAUAUGGCCCAAACUUUUAUGAGCAAUCCAGGAGUUCAGCAAAUGAUGACAAAUAUGAUGCAAGGUGCUGGGGGUGGGGGUGCAGCUGGUAUUUUUCAGGCUGCCCAACAGUUCGGUGAACGGAUGCAAGAAUCUGACCCAGAGUUGUUUGAACAGUUAAGGGGACAGGCUCAAGAUGCUGUCAAUCAACAUAGGGGACAGAAUCCAUCAAGUGAUGGACAAGAUCCAAAUCCAGAUGAAGGUGACUCUAGCACACAAUAAAUGAUUACUGGAUAUGCAAAUUGCUAAGGAAAAGCUCAAAAAUAAUUUUCAUGACAUCCAUGGAUAAGUGUACAAGGGGAACUAUGACUUCUAGAAACAGAAAAAAUAAUUAGACCGCUACCAAUUAGUCAAGUAAUUCGUUUAGCAACCUGAGGCAUGUACUGGUAUUAUUCAGUUUUUUUUUUUUUUUUAAUUACGAGUGUCUAUGAAUAAUAUUCUGACGUUGCACAGAAGUUAAAGUAAAUUAUUAACUUUUUACUAAUUUUCACUACUGAUCGCAAAUGAUGUGAUAAUAUUGAUUUGUUACCUAAAAAACUAUCCAAAGUGAACCUCAUAUGCCAGGGUAAAGGUAAUAUGUGUUUUUAUAGAAGUAAGAAAUGUGGGUCACUUAGUAUUUUUAGAUUUGGUUUCCCUGAGAAAGCGUGACCUUUGGAUAGUCUGCCUACUCCCAUGAGUGUAGCUUUUUCGCUGGGCUCUUGUAAGGUUACUUUCUGAUAAAAUCGUGAACUUUUUCCCUAACUUAACCGUGUAUUAAAUUAAAAACACAUACAUGAGAAGUCUGUUAUUUAAAUUUUAUUGCAGUCUUUGUGUUUAAUUUUUCUAUUUGGAAAUCUGUAAGGCAACACCUUGUAAUGCUUAUAGUGACAUGUCAAAUUUCUGGAUGAUUAUUCUAUCUUUGAGAUAAGUCCGUCAACUACCCUACAACCUCAGAGAUUGUGUGACACAUCCUUUUAUUGUUGGACAAUUAUGUACAGUAAGUCACAAAUCUGUUGCAAAUCCUUUAUUGUUAUGCUUUAGCAAAGGAAUAGUUUGAUUUCUCAUACGUUCCAGUAAUCAGAGUGUUGAAUAUCCUAUGGCCAGUCAAUUAAAAGAACAUUAAUUUA